ACGAUCAAUCUUGAAAGAGUAACAGCAGUGCUCCCUUUGCUUGUGACACACUACUAGCUUAGCUAUUAGCACGUACUCAGGUACUCUACAAAUGAAUGAUGAAAGGGAGAGUACAUAUAUACAGGAGCAAGAGAGCCACAACCUGUCUACCAUUAGUAAUUAGUAAUUAACCCCCAUGACUGACAGCCAACAGGAACUGAUCUUUUCAAUCUUGUUAAGUUAAUUGAUUUGCCGCCUCCGAUCGAAUCCAUUAAGAAAUUAAUGGAAAGACAAUAUACAUCCACAGUAGGAGCAAGAUCAACCACUCUCCUCUACAUCUCCAAUCUCCAUACGCCAGCAUCUUAAUUACUCUACAAUAAUCAAUCAAUAUCAACGCAUGCAUACCGCAUACGUGAUCUCAGAAGAAAGAUAUCGAUGGAGGAGGAGGAUUAUGUGUUCAAGGUGGUGGUGAUCGGGGACUCGGCGGUGGGGAAGACGCAGCUGCUGGGGCGGUUCACAAAGGACGAGUUCUUCAUCGACUCCAAGUCGACCAUCGGCAUCGAGUUCCAGACGCGGACGGUGGAGAUCGGCGGGAAGCGGGUGAAGGCCCAGAUCUGGGACACCGCGGGGCAGGAGAGGUACCGCGCCGUCACCAGCGCCUACUACCGCGGCGCCCUCGGCGCCAUGCUCGUCUACGACGUCACCAGCCGCCGGAGCUUCCACCACGCCGCCCGCUGGCUCCACGACCUCCGCGCCCACGCCGACAACUCCAUCGUCGUCAUGCUCAUCGGCAACAAGGCCGACCUCUCCCACGCCCGCGCCGUCGCCGCCGACGAGGCCGCCGCCUUCGCCGAGGACCAGGGCCUCUUCUUCUCCGAGGCGUCGGCGCUCAGCGGGGACAACGUCGAGGAGGCCUUCCUCGGCCUCCUCCGGGAGAUCCAUGCCAUCGUCUCGCGGAGGUCGCUGCUGGAGAUGGACGGCAUCAACGGCGACGCCGCCGCCAACGCCAACGCCGCGCUCAUGCUCAGGGGCACCAAGCUCUCGCUCUCCGACGAGCUCUCCAUCAUGGAGACCAGCGCCAUCAAGAGAGUGAGCAGGUGCUCAUGCUCUUAAUUACUUACUUUAGACGUCAUCGGCUCAUCGCCAUCGAGAGAGUACUCAUGCUCUUGACAUCAUCAUCAUCAUCGCAAGUUCAUAAUAUACAUGGAUGACAGAUCUUACUGCAGAAGCUGAGACAUCUUGGUUUCCAAGACACAUAAUUGAAGGGAAAAGUAUAUAUUAAUUCAGCUCUUGGGUGACAAGCAAGCGUUAGUUUCAUCUCAUCGUGUAUCUAUUUCAAGUCACAGCAGAGUGCUCCGACAAAAAAACAAGAUUGUUUGUAAACCAUGCAAGCGGGCCUUUCUUUUCUUCGUUAUGUAUAGAGUCUACCCUAAAGUAGUUUAAUUAAAUUAAAAUACAAGGUGAUGAUAACAAAUUUCACAGAACCAUAGAAUCCUGACUCGGGCCAUAUAAUUCUGAAUUUAACUUAUAACAUCAGUGCAAAGCAUUGCCAGCUGCCAUUAACUUCAAAAACCAGCGCAGCCUCGCGACGCUAAAUGAAUCCAUACAAACCCUGAAUCUUGCAAGCUGCAUUAGAAAACCUAACGAUAUCGAGGUAAUG